AUGAAGUUUCAGAAAGCAAGGCCAUUCAUAGCCAUUGUUUUCAUUCAGUUUUUGUAUGCACUGAUGUCUAUAGUAGCGAAACUAGCUUUGAACCAAGGUAUGAGCCCUCACGUCUUGGUUGCUUACCGGAUGGCAGUUGCUACUGCUCUCAUUACUCCUUUCGCCCUCAUCCUUGAAAGAAACACAAGACCAAGGCUAACUUUCAAAAUCUUAUUUCAAAUAUCCAUCAUGAGUUUAUUUGAGCCUGUGGUGGAGCAAAACCUGUACUACUCAGGGAUGAAACUUACUACUGCAACAUUCACAUCAGCUUUGUGCAAUGCGCUUCCUGCAAUAACAUUUAUAAUGGCCUGCAUUUUCAAGCUGGAGAAAGUGAUUAUCAAAAGGCGUCACAGCCAGGCAAAGCUGGCGGGAACCAUGGUGGCUAUUGGAGGAGCAAUGCUCAUGACGUUCGUGAAAGGGAAUGUCAUUGAGUUGCCUUGGACAAGCAAGUCAAGGAGCUAUAAUGGGCAGUCACAUGUUAUGAAUACUCCAAAGCAGGAAGAUACAGGAAAAGGAUCAAUCAUGCUUGUAGCAAGCUGCUUCACCUGGUCAUGUUACAUCAUUUUACAGGCAAACAUUCUGAAUUCAUAUCAAGCCGAACUCUCGCUAACAGCACUAAUGUGCUGUAUGGGGAUGCUGGAGGCUACUGUUAUGGCAUUGAUAUUGGAAAGGAACAACAUGUCUGCCUGGAAAAUCCACCCGGACAUGAGGCUAUUAGCUUCUAUAUACGGGGGACUUGUCUCAGGGUUAUCAUACUAUAUCACCGGAUGGGCAUCAAAAGAGAGAGGACCUGUGUUUGUUAGCGCAUUUAACCCGCUAAGCAUGGUUAUUGUUGCUAUUCUCAGCUCCUUCAUUUUCUUGGAAAAGAUGUACAUUGGAAGGGUUGUUGGAUCAGUUGUCAUUGUCAUUGGAAUAUAUUUGGUACUAUGGGGUAAAAGCAAGGAGAAGGUAGGGAAUCUUCUACCAAAAGCUGGAUGUGCAGGGACUGUGGUAAAACUUGAAGAACAGAAGGUCCUGACGCAUGAUAAUAACCAAGUAGUACACAAAAGCGACAAGAUAAUGAUCCCAAAGGCACCAACUAAGUCUCAAGAAUCGGUCUGAGACUCUGAGAUGCCGAUUUUAGUUCCAGUAUCUCUAUAUUAUUGCAGAAGAUUUUUGAUUAGUCUUAAAUAGUUUGGUGUGUCAGAAUAAGCGUCUUAAAUUUUGGAGUGCUAGCAGAAGUUUAGAUACUUCAGUAAGGGAACUAGACUCAUCAGACAAGGGUAUCAUAGCAGUUCAUGGUUCUGAUUCAUUAUUAGAAGCUAUAGUUACAGAGAACAAGAAUGUAAAGCCUACCAGUUGAUAGUUCGUCUUGUCAAGAUGCCAAAGUGACAACAUCCUUCCCAUAGAUCCGCUGAAGCUCAAGGCUGGCAACUUGAUAUGAAGCUGAAAACAUACGAAAGUAGAAACAUCAUUUCAGCUGGAUAACCUACAAGGAUUGGCUUUUUGUAUCUUGUUUUGUAAUAAAUUAAAAUGUCUAUGAUGCAAUAUUUAUUACCUUUCCA